AGCCUCUAACAAAUAUACACAUGCGUUUAUAUAGAAAGAAAGAAAAAUUUGAGCCAGAGACGGAUACUUUCCUUCUGAAAACAGACAUGAGAAAUAUUGAGAGCCAUGUAAAUGGUAGUUGCUGGGAAGAAGAGCACGAGUUAACCUCCAUUCUCAAUCAAAUUAAUCGCUUAGCCACCGGUUUGAAGCAAAGAGGAUAUUGAGAAACAUUUGCAAGAGGUGCAGGUGCUCGUGAUCCAUAUCAGUAGAAAAGGCAAGGGAGGAACAUUUUGCAGAAGCUAGAGAAGGAAUAGUUGUUAUUAGCUGAAGAAGAAGGAGAAAGGAGUCGAUAUUUUGUCAUAAAAUAUGGCAUACGGAAAUAAACUUGGUAAGUACCAGGUAGGUCGAACAAUCGGAGAGGGAACAUUUGCGAAGGUUAAGCUUGCUGUAGACACCACCAAUGGCCAUCAGGUUGCGAUCAAGAUCAUGGAUAAGAACAUGGUCAUGCAAAGCGAUCUCAAGAAUCAGGUACAAAGGGAGAUAAGAACUAUGAAACUCCUCCAUCACCCUAACAUCGUACGGAUACACGAGGUUAUCGGAUCAAAGACAAAGAUUUAUAUGGUAAUGGAAUAUAUCUCAGGAGGACAACUUGCAGACAAGCUGUCGUAUGCCAAGAAACUAAAUGAAUCAGAAGCAAGAAAAAUCUUUCAUCAGUUGAUAGAUGCAGUGGACUAUUGCCAUACCAGAGGAGUUUAUCACAGAGAUUUAAAGCCAGAAAACUUACUUCUGGACAGCAAAGGAAAUCUGAAAGUCUCCGACUUCGGACUAAGUGCAUUUCACAAGCCUGCUAGCAUGCUAACGACAGCCUGUGGGUCUCCAUGCUAUGUAGCACCUGAGCUUAUUGCAAAUAAGGGUUAUGAAGGAGCAGCUGCAGAUGUUUGGUCCUGUGGGAUAAUCCUUUUCGAACUACUGUCAGGAUAUCUACCAUUUGACGAACGUAACCUCAUAAUGUUAUAUAAGAAGAUAUCUACAGCUGAAUACACCUGUCCACUGUGGUUUACAAAAAGUCAGAGGAAGCUAAUAUCAAGAAUAUUAGAUCCAAAUCCCAGAAAGAGAAUAACAAUACCAGAGAUCAUUGAAGAUGAAUGGUUUCGGAUAGAUUACGUGCCUUCUUGUGGAUAUGAAAGCGACGAGAAAAUCUUCCUGGAUGAUGUUAAUGCUGCUUUUGAUGCAGAUGAGGACAAUGCCUCAGAAACAGAGACCCCUGAAUCCUCAAGUUUCAUAAACGCUUUCCAAUUGAUAGCAAUGUCCCAUGACCUUGAUUUAUCUGGUCUCUUUGAAGAACAGGCAAACAAGAAGCAGAAAACCAGGCUAGGGUCUGAACAUUCAGUUCAUGAGACAAUAAGGAAAAUUGAAGUUGCUGCAAUGGAUGCGAGUCUGUCAGUCGAAAGGAUGAAAAAUUCCAAGAUGAAAAUGAAUCAAAAACUAAAGAUGAAAAGAUGUAGCAGAUCAUAUUAUGACCUAUCAGCAGAGGUGAUUGAGGUUGCUCCCAUGAAUUGCGUUGUAGAAAUAUCAAAAUCAGUAGGGGAGCUAAGAUUGUACAAAGAGUUCUGCAAAAGUUUAUCGAGUUUGCUGACAAAGAAACCAGACGUAUCAUUGCAAACACAAGGAUCAGAAAAAACAAGCAGCAAUAAAAGUACCCAGCAAAUAAAAAGCUGUGAGGAGCAAAUUGAAAAGGAGACCAAUGGCCUUCAAGGCUAUUCCACUUCAUGAUGAUUACCUUACCCUGCAUUUGACCAGGAAUUCAAUGGUUCAUGAAGAACCUUCAUAAAAGUUAGAACACUUUAUUAUUCAAUAAUCUUCCAAGUGCAGAACCCAAGCACCAUUGACAAUUACCGCACUCAAGGCACAAUUCACCCAGAGGAAAAGGUCGGCUUUUUUGUUUAGAAGGUUGUUUUCAUGCCUCAAAGUCUUGGUCAUUCUUUCUUUCUUUCUUCCUUUUUGAAACUAAUACCUCACUACAAAAUGUAUAUUUGAGGCCUUAAUUCUUCUUUAAUAUUUUCCAAGGAGAAUAAAUGACAGAGAAAUAAUUCCUCAA